AUGGCGAAUCUUGCGAACACCAUGGAGGCAAAUGCUACUGCGACUCUGCAAGCUGUGCAGAGGUUAGGCCAACCGGCUAGAAAUGGAAAUGGAGAUGGAAACGAAAAUGACAAUGCGAAAGGAAAUGGUGAUAACAUAGGAGGUGCUCUGAUGACCUUCGCUUCUUUUCUCAAGGUUCAUCCGCCAAGUUUCAAAGGUUCAACCAAGCCUACCGAAGCGGAUAAUUGGUUCCAGGCCAUUGAGUCUUUCUACAAGAAUUAUUUUCCUGAAUCUGCUAGGGAAGUGAAGGAGAUGGAGCUUAUGCAGCUGAAGCAAGGUUCCUUAUUGGUGGUGGACUAUACUAGCCAAUUUGAGGAGCUCUGUAGGUUUUCUAGGGCGUGUCAGGGUGCCCCGGAGACCUAUGAAAGUUGGAAGUGCAUUAAGUAUCAAAGGGACUUGAAGGAUAACGUCAUGACUGCUGUUGCUCCUUUGGAGAUUCGGACCUCCUCCGAUCUUGUAAAGAAGGCGAGAGUGGUUGAGGAAUAUGCAAAGACAGUAGCCUCAUCAAGGGACACUCAUGGAGGAAAUAUUAAUCGAGGAUGUGGCGAUUACCUUAGACCAAAGGGACAGAACUUUAAGAGAAACGAAUACACUGCUCAGCAUCUUCGAGGUCAAGGGGAUUUUAGAAGAAAUGACAAUGCUCAGUUCCACAUGGCAAAGGGAAAUGAUCGAUGCUAUACCUGCGGAUUGCCAGGGCACCUUGCUAAGGAUUGCGGUCGAGGGAGGAACCGAGAUGUGGGUAGGAGUCAGCAACCAGGGCGAGAUUUCACUAUGAAUGCAGGAGAGGCGACGGAAUCGGAUCUGCUGAUAAGAGGUAAGCAGAUAAAGUUGUUGUGA